AUGUCGUGUAAAAGUAUAUGCAAUACGCUUUUGCUGCUAUUUUUGGUUAUAUCUUGUGCUGUGCUAUUUAUACUACAGUCACUUUAUUUUAUCUUCCGAAACGCAGCAGAUACUGAGAAGGAACUCAUCAAACGUGUUGAUGGAACACCUCUAGCACUGCCGACUCUAAUAAUUUGUAAUCGCAUGCCAUUCUCUCAGGAUGGCGUCAAUUCUGUGAGCGCAAAUUUGCGGCAAGAUCAAGCAUUGAGAUAUUUGCUUGAAUGGACGAAUCCAUCUAUGAGUGAAGACGCUGAUUAUAUGCCAAUGACUCAGUCGUAUUUGGUACAAGGACAAACUAUCGCCUUUCAAUAUCUGCCUCAGAAUACGCGGAAUCAAAGUCUGAAUCAAAUGCAGUAUGCUUGUCAGAGUGUCAUCAACAGCUGUAGUUAUCAGGGUGCCAACGUUCAAGCAUACGAAUGCUGCAAUAAUAUACUAUAUCAUGUGCCUACUACUCAUGGACUAUGUUGGGUGUACCAAGACCGAGCGAGAGUGCAGAAUGUAUCCUCGCCAAUUAAGCAAUUCUCCAUAACAUUCCAGAUGUCAAGAAACUCGUGGUACUCGCAGCAGAUCACUCCCACCCACCCUGGUGUAGAUGUGUUCCUUCGUGAAAAUGCAGAUGACCUUGUUUCGAUUGUAAACGAGCUAGAAAAUCCAAUACGGCUUUUGGAUAAGAAAGGAGUUCGCUUAAGAAUGCAUAAGGAGAAGAAAGCUGACAGUCGCCGUGGUCAUUGCGGUGAAAGCUUGGGUACUGCUGUGUCAGCUGACCAAAGUGCUUUCGAGAACAAUCAGACAAAUCUGCUUAUGUGUGCCAUUAUGGUCUCAAUACAGUACUGUAACUGCCACCCACUCAUUGCCGAAAUGAUACCUUACGACACACAAAAGUUCAAUGACUUUUCCAAUCGAAUAACGUCAACACAAGUCUGCACACUGGAGCAGUAUGAGUCAUGCACGAAAAAGUACGUAGAUAUCACCCGACCUUCUGCAUGGAUAGACUCCAUCCCGAAUACUCUUCUCGGAGCUGAAGAUAUUAGACAGUGUUAUAGGGAUAAUCCCUACCCUUGCGCGGUAACCUCAUAUCCUGGCACGAUUGAUCACUACGAUCUUCCGGCAGCUUAUCAGUCGACACAAGACUAUGUGUCACGACUUGUGCUGGAGUAUGCUACAAUGCAUGUGACAGAAGUGCUAGUGACAAAAGAUCCUACUCUCUAUGAAUUAUUGAGCUAUAUUGGUUACAAUAUUGCUACAUGGUUUGCUAUAGGACAUAUCAUUUGGAGUAUCUACGCAAUGAUUCGUGAUGCUGUAUGCACUUCAAAUAAGGUAAACCCCAGCUCACCCCGACGAGUAUUCAUAUCGACGCCGGUUGAAGUGAUCCCAGCAGAAAAUGGCAAAGCAGAAGUCACUGUUGAGGAAGAGGAAGGCACUUCUUGA